AUGCGGGGGCCAUCUCAGACACCUGAACGAAAACCCGAUGUAAUAUCUGGACGUAUUUUUUGCAUCUGUUCUUGUUGGUCAGCGUGCCAAGUUAUUUGGGCUGUACAGUAUGCUUUUGGUACGCCGACAUUUCGCUCCCUGGGAGUCCCGCACUCGGUGUUAGGUUUGAUUUGGAUUGCUGGGCCACUGAGUGGAGUAUUGGUGCAGCCAGUUGUGGGAACUAUGUCAGAUGCCUUGCCAGGGAGCUCUUGUGGUCGGCGGAAGCCGUUUCUCAUUUUCGGUGGUAUCAUUGCUUCCAGUUCCUUGCUGACAUUUUCCUCUGCUGAAUGGAUCUGCAAUGUGUUUGGUCUGGAUCGACCCGUUGGCGCAGUGAUUGCCGUCAGUGCCUUCGUCAUGAUGGACUGCGCACUGAACGCAUACCAGGGGCCCGUUCGAGCUUUGAUAUCAGAUUUAUUCAGACUCGCCGGCGCUCGGCUCCUGGCGGGCUCCCUGCUCGCGUCCACUACGGGCGCUUCGUGGCUCCUCGGCUACGGUGUUGGCUCGCUGAACUUGGUACGCAUCUUCCCCGUCUUCUCUAGCGAGUUCCAGGCCGUCAGCGCGAUGGCCGCGACGUACAUGGCGCUCUUUGGGCUGUUGCCCCUCGGUUUUCUCGUGGAGCCCGCGCAGCUGGAUGGGCAUCCGGCAGGAGGGCAGCGACCUCCGCGGACCCGCAGCUGGGUGUCCGUGAUGGCUCGGUCGUUGCCUGAGGCGACUGCAGCAUUCACGGCGCUCCCCUCGUCGAUCAUGCCCGCGUUCCGCGUGCAGUUCGGGACCUUCUGGGCUUGGUUCGCCUUCAAGAUGUUUGCGACGGAGUGGAUGGGGACCGCUGUGUUCCUGGGGCAUCCCAGGAAGGACCGACAACGCCCGGCUCGCCCGCGCGGGAGCGCUUCGAGGCAGGCGUGCGCUGGGCGAACCUCAGCCUGA